ACAGAGACUUUUGCGAGACUUUCUUUGUUGUCAUUUCGAUCUAUGUUUUGUUUACAUCGAAGCCAACAAAUCCAUUCUUCCGACUGUGUGUUGUCAGCGAUCGGAAUCGCUGUUGUUUAUUUUUGGGAUUGACAAGAUUUAUCUGCAUUUUGUGGGUGAUCAUCGGUAUUCGGAGUUGAAAAAAAAAAGGAAAUUAAAACGUGUUAUUUAUUGUUAUCGCUGUGUUUGUUCCUUUCUCUCUUUCUCUCACUCUCUCAACAUAUUCGGAAGGUAAGCAUUUUUAUGUGCCGGAUUCUCUAGAUGCUUUUUUAAAGGUUGGUAAUUCACUUUGAGCAUAUCCAUUUCAUUUUGCCAUCGCUCUGGUUACCACUCUAAUGUGCAUGAAAUCAUUAUUUCAUUUAACAAUAUUUCCUGUGCGAUUUGAUUGUUUAACCAAAAAAAAAAGAGAGCAUUUAGUGCACGGUGAUUGUCAAAAAUCAUGAGUCGAUUUAGUUGGCGGGCGUGUGUGUGUUUGUAUGUGUGCGUAUGUGUUGAGUGUUCACAAUUGGAAAAAGAAAACUUGAGUACCCUGCGACCAGCAUCGUUUACAAGUUUCGUCGUCGUCUUCGACGCUAGCCAAUUGACAAAUACCACUACACAUGGAAUCUGCUGCUGGCAGGUUAAUAUGAAAUAUACAUACAAAACAGCCAGUCUCUCGCUCGCUCAUUCUCAAAUACCAUGACAAGCGCUGAAACCAUAAAAAGUCUUUUAUUGACAAUGUAAACGGUUUUUUUUUCUACUACGUCUACUUUUGCUUCUACUUGUCGUUCGGCACUUCGACCUAAAGAAACUGUUUGUAACCAAAAAAAAAAGGCUACACUUGAUCGCUACAUCUAUUUUGCAUCGGUGAAUUGUGCGCCCAACUUGAACGCUGUGAAAAAAAACCAUUCCAAAAGAGAUUCAUUGAAACACUUUUUUUUUGCCAAAAAGAAAAACGGACGAGAAGAGCGAGAGAAGGCUGACUGUCACCGAAAAGAAAUACUCUCUGUUUACGGGCAUCGAACCACAAACACGAUUUUAUAUGUCUAUUUUUGGAUUAUUGUAGUUUAUGAAAGAAUGAAUUGUGCAAGUUUUCCGUGAGUUGGUGGUGUAUUUCGAAAGAAAGUUUUACCCAAACACAAAAUCGCAACGCACACACACACACACACAUUUUGCUCAUUUUUUUCUGCGGUCGGCUCGUCGGUUUUUGUUAAUAAAUGAAACGGUGCAUACACACCAAGUGUUUAACAGUGACAUUAAUCGGAAUUAUUUUUUCUGUGACUGUGUCUUCGUCCAGCGGCCAAUUGUGCUUUGUGAAUGACAUUUAGUGCAGCACUCAUUAUACCGGAACAUACACUCGACGCAAUACGCACAUUUACAAAAGCCCAUUUGCAGAAAUUCAAAUGCCAAAGCGAGUGUGUCAAUGACUCAUUCAGACAAUGCAUACAUAGCAGUAUACUUCUAUUGGAAUAAUUAAAAUUACACUCAAUAUCUCCACCCGAAACUAAUUAAGGCGGAACCCCCGUUUUUUUUUUUUUCUUUUUCUGUUUAAAACAAACGAAAUUGCAUUGGGAUUUUAUACGAAAUAAUUUUUUUUUUCUGUUUUUGCUGGUGAAUGUGACAUUUUUGUUGUGUGGAAUUUUUUCGGUCGUCCCUUGUGAUUGUUCAUUGCAAUAGGAGUUUCCAAAUUGGCCUGCGGUGAUUCAAGCAGCUCUUCAAGAUGUCAGUGGAUUUGGAUAAAAAUAGAAACGACAUUGUGAAUGCAUGGAAAGACGUUGUUGACGCUAAAACCGACACCGAUUGGGCUUUGUUCGGAUACGAAGGCCAUUCGAAUGCACUGAAAGUGGUGUCCACGGGUAAUGGUGGACUUAUCGAACUCGCUGACGAAUUGAAUAGCGGCAAAAUUCUAUACGGGUUCCUUAGCAUCACCAAUGAAAAAAACAAUUUAAUCAAGUAUUUGCUUAUCAACUGGCAGGGUGAAGGAGCACCAACACUUCGCAAAGGCACUUGCGCCAAUCACAUUCGCGACAUUUCGAAGAUUCUAACUGGAGCUCAUUUAACACUCAAUGCUCGCACUGAAGAUGACAUCGAAACGGACCGCAUCUUAGAGAAAUUGAAUAGCAUCCGAUUUGCUGUCAAAGAGAAAGACAGCAAAUCUCGAAUUGAAGACGAGCCCCAAAAAGUAGUUGGCACAAAUUAUUCACGAGUAAUUCCGUCGAAGGAAAUAAAUUCAAAGGAUCGUGACAGUUUCUGGAAGAAAGAAGAAGAAGAGGAGCGUAUUCGUACUGAAGGGGAGCGGGCAAAGCAAACAAGUGCCAAGUUGGAACUGGAAAAAGAGCAGAGACAUAGAGAACAGCAAGAGCACUCUGAACGUGAAAAGAGGAGGCUUGAAGCAACGCCCGAACGGAAUUCAAAUGGAGUUAAGCUGGAUGAACCGAAGAACAUUCAAAUUCCAAAGCCGUCCGUUGAUCGUUCGACGACACAAGCCGAAGAGAUGCGACAGCAGCGCAAUCAAGAGGCGAGACAAUUGAUUGGAGACAGUGUUGACAAAGCAAAAGCAAUUUUCGCACAAAACACAGCAGCCGGCCAGCUACAGAACAAAGCCGCAAAAACUGCACCAGUGAAACCGGUUCGAAAUUCCAUUACACGUUCAGCGACUAAUCAACGGCAACAACAAUCGCCCGAACCAGAAAAAUCACCUCAACAUGGUGCCGAAGAAAUGGAAUCGCCUACCGGCCCACAGUCAUCGAACAAUAAUUUAAAAGAGACUAGCGUUGUUGCUGAUCAGCCGAUUCAUAAUUUAGAAGACGAUGACAGCGAUCCAUAUUCAACUAUAAAACGUUCGCCUUAUACAAAAGUAACGACCAACAGUCAAAGUGAACCGAGUGCCAAUAACGUCAGCAAGCAAGCCGAUAACGUCCAAACGGAAGCAAUCACCACACAGCCAAAUGAUACCGAACAAAAAGUUGCUGAAGACAAACCACCAACCGAAACGGAAGCAGUUGUGGACGAUUUAUCGACCUAUGAUGGAAUGUUACAGGAUCAAGGUCUUCGAGCUCGUGCUUUAUACGAUUAUCAAGCAGAUGAUGAGUCUGAAAUCACUUUCGAUCCUGGUGACAUAAUCACGCACAUUGAUCAAAUCGACGAAGGUUGGUGGCAAGGGCUCGGACCAGAUGGUGCAUAUGGCCUUUUCCCGGCAAAUUAUGUCGAACUAUUGAAUUGAAUCUAGCACAUUUCAUAGCGAAAGACAGGAUUUUGAAAACGCAUAACUAUCAAAACAAACAGCCUAGGAACUGAAGAAAAAGCCCCCUCUCAGCAGAAAUGCAUCACUUGCAUGCUUAUUCCAAUAACAACAAAUCAAUUGCACCAUUUACAACGCAUUUUUUUGAAACUUUUUUUUCCCCAAUACUAAUCUACUAAUUAUGUGUGAUUUCGAACGUUAUAAAAAGAAGAAACCACAAAAGAAGACAAUUGAUAGAAAUAAAACCGAAGAAGAGCUAACUAACAAGCAUUCCAGUGCAAUAACAAACAAGUUGAUUUGAUGCUGUAAGCAUCAAGUAAUAAUUGAGAAUUGCCAAAAAAAAAGAAGCCACAACAAAAAAUGAGAAAAAGAAGUGAAACUAUAUUUUCGAAAUUUUAUUUAGGUGAAAAAUAAUGAGAGCAUAAAAAGGAAGUCAAAGAAAAAACAAAAUCUGUUUAAAUUUGCACGGAAGAUUUUAUUUAACAAAUGUUAAAAUGCGAUAGAUUAAAUUUUUAAAAAUAGAUACGGAGAUAAGAUCGCGUCAUUUCACCGUCUAUCUCAUACAUCACAAGAUGAAGCGAAAACAAAGCAACAGGAUUUUUCACUAGUAUAUUGAGUUUUGUUCGUUUUAAAAAGGAAAACCAAUCAACAGACAUUUUUAAAUGAAUCUUUACAUAUUUAGCAGAAGAAAAAGAACAAAGAGAUUCCAUUGGAAUGACCCCAGGCAUUUACAACCAAUUUUUAGUGAAAAUAAACGAGAUUUAGCUAAAAUAAAAACAUAGUGAAUUGAUGCACAAUUUGAUGUUUUUUUUUUCCUCCUUCUUUCUCCCCAAUAAUAGAGAAUUAAUUCAAUGUGACUAAGAGAUUAGACUUAGAGCGUAUGAUUUUAUUUGACAAGUGAUUCAAUAAUAAAGUGUAAUACUAAUGGAAUGGGACAACAUA